AUGGGUCGGCUCGACCGGAGUGAUAGUGAAGCUUCACAGAAAACCGGCGCCAGGAUGGAGCUCCCAGUUCUAGACAAGUUCUGUUUCGUGUUCGAUCUGAAGACAGGAUGCAUGGUCAUGGGGUUAGCCAAUACUGGCCGGGCGGGAGGUUGUGUCAGAUUCUUACUGACUAAAAACCCCCCUGUGCCUUCUCCUGCUCUGGGCCGAGGUCGCAGUGCCUCAUUGCACUUACCCCGCAACCCCGGCUUCUUAGAUCGAGAUAGGAUUGAGGCUAAUGGCCUGACUAAACGACACACAACCCAAGCCAAGAUCAUAACCUUCGUCCUGACGCUGCUGCUCAUAACGUUUGCAGUGAACAUCAAAGACAUAUCGGAGGCGCAGAUGAAAAGGGAUGAUGUAGAGUACGCCAUGUCUUCAGUGGUGUACACUAUCGUGGUCCUUUUGAUCGUGCUACUCGUGGUGAAGUUCCUUUUGGAUUUGGUCUUCGUGUACGCAGUAUAUAAGGAAAAGUGCAGCCUCCUGAAGAAGUACUGCAUCUUCUGGAUCAUUUUCCUUGUCCUGUACAUCAUUGGCUUCCUGAAGACUCUCUUCCACAUGGACGCUGGUCAUGUCAUCUCUCAGAUAAUCUUUAUAGCUGAAAACUUCUACUUCAUCGUGGUGAUUAGGAGCUAUUUGAUAUCAAUAAACGAAGACGGUGUUCUGUAA